AUGUUGGCGAAAUAUAACAUCCCUUAUACCGAAGGAAUGUUCACCGUCACUGCUCAAAAUCUUCAACAAAUGUUGGCGAGAUAUAACAUCGCUUACACCGAAGGAAUGUUCAGCGUCACUGCUCAAAAUGUAGGCGGUAAAGUAGCUAUAGUUGUGAAAGUGCCACAAGUCGACUGCAACUUGGUCCCAAUAAUGGCAAGUGAAGUGAAAAAAUCGGCUUCCAUGGUAACAUCCGCUACUGCGCAGUGCGGAAAUGGCGCCGCUACAUACGUCUAA